AUGACUUCGGGGUGGGGCACGCUUCUAGAGUGCUUGUGGCCCUACGUCGACUUCCUGCUGAAGCUAGCGCUCGUGUCGGCGUUCUACGACCAGCGGAAAGUCCAGAAACGGCUUCUCGACCUACCGAUUACUUUUAGUGUGGAAUUUGCCCUCAUUAACGGGGACAGACUGCCAAUCGCUCAAGUGUAUCCGUGGGAUGCCGAGUGUAUACUAGCCCAGUUUACCAAUGUGGAUUUGGUGGUAGAUACUGGGUAUUUACACGUGGUAUUCGCCUAUAUCCGAACCCGCUUCGACACCUUAUACACGAAAUACGGUGACCAUGUUCGCAGUGUUCGUGUCAAAGGAGCAUGGCCAGCUCGGCUUGAAGACGAACCGUGGGCUCAUAAGUUGACUUCAUUAGAAGGCAUCCCACACGCAAGACGGGCUCAAUUCCUCAAUAUUACCGAGUUACCAAACUUCACAAGGGCGAAAUUUUCUGAGUGGGCACCGCCAGUGGACCCUGACUGUUUAGGGUAUAAACACUUGCGUCGCCUUGAACUCCGAGAUGUCACUAACCCGUUAACUUUGAAACUACCACAGUCGUUAGAGGAAAUUGUCGUGGUCAAUUCGUCACUCACAAUCACCAAUACUGAGCCUUUACCCGCUCUAAAGAAAGUUACUUGGUUCCAACAAAAUGUCGGUCUGCUCCUUAAACACUGUCCCAAUGUUACAUGGCUCGAUACUACUGAUCAUUAUCCUCAAUAUACGGGACCUUUAAUGAAUAAGAUCACCCAUAUGGCGGUGAAUGAGCCAGGAACAGUACCGCUUGAAAAGUUUACCAAAUUGGCUUAUCUCCGCUUCUAUGGUGGUAGCAGUUAUGUGCGGUUUAUGCCUGCUCAAGUGUGUCAACAACUCACCGCACUUACCCUCGGAUGUUCCCCUCAGGAAGUGCUUAUAUUCGAACACAUGCUUUUCCAAUUCGUCAACCUUCAACGGCUUGUCAUUGACGGGUUUGGAAUCUACUUUUCUCCUCGAACUGUCAAACACGAAAACUUACAAAAGCUUGUGUUCCACAACUGUUGCUUUAUCGAGGGGAAACUCACGGCUCAGUUACCGGAAUUGCGUGAGUUCCACGUCUUGUCUACCAAGUCUAUGGUGGACAAUUUCUGUGAUAUGGACCAGUACACCAAUUUGCGUAAAGUGAUAUUCGCCGAUAGCGACUGGAGUCCUCAAUUCAUAUGGUCUCAUCCGAAAGUGGUUGAUCUCUCUUUACAGAAUAUGGAGCUCCACUACGGGGCGUUUGACGGUUUCCCCAAUCUUCGCCGGUUACAUCUUGACAAUAACUGUCUUACAUCCGUCCAAUUGACCAAUCCGUAUUUGGAGGAGGUGUCGUUAGCAGAUAAUGAAACCCUCAAGACGGUGAUUCUCAUGCUGCCACAUAUUAAGAAAGUCGACGUAUUGGGCAUUCUGGAAGAAGCUUCAGUGUUUGUGGUGGCUAAACCGCAACAGAUCAUCAACGGACCCCUUGCCAAUCUUCUGAUCAGUCCGCUGAAACACUGGCAAUUACCACCAGUACCAGCAUUGAUCUUAGACCUCACUCAGCUGGAUCCGCUUGAUGAGCUUUGCGUGUCUCCCCGUACCAUCCAAGUGAAUGUCGACUUACCCGACGAGUGGAAAGAAGAGUGUCCCGUGUACUUGUCUCCCUAUACCCAUCUGAUGGUUACCAAUGUAAUUCCCAUUGAUUUUACCGAGUUUGCUCAUCUUACUGUGGUCAAUUUGCUCACUCCAAAUUGGGGUGAUGUCAUCCAAUUGCCUCCAACAUUACGCAAGCUUCUGAUCCAUGACCCUACGAGGAAACAGGUACCGCAAUUCGUGUGGGAACUGCCUGCUGACCUCGAAUACUUACACUUGGGACAAAUGGAGUGGCUGUGGCUGCUCAUCGGGCUGGAACAUUUACCUAAGCUUAUGUUGAUUCGGGUACAGCUGGGACCUAAAGACGAUGGCCCCGUCCCGAAAACGUUCUUGGGGUACACGUGGGACGCUGAAACCGUCACCAUGGGCAAAACCAUCACCAUCGCUUAA